GAGAUUCUCACUGCGGAAGCUAUUAAAUUGAGCUGGUCGUUUUCAACAAUGCAAAAUACCAGAAAUGUUAUGCCAUCAUGCAGAUAACGUCGACGACGUCACUUAUUCAUCUUCCAGAUUCAAAUGGAAGAUUGAAAACGUUUCAAAAUUGAACGAGGAAAAUCGUUUCUCACCGAUUUUCACUAUAGGUCCACACAAAUGGCGAUUGCUGGCUUUUCGUAGGGGAUGUGAUAUGAACGGUUACUUGUCACUCUAUGUGGUUGCUGUUGAAUGUAAGAACUGGCGAUUUGCGAAAUUCAGUGUGGCUGUUAUUGAUCAAACCAAUGACAAAAACACAUUGAGAAAAGAUACAGAAGACAUGUUUCGGUUUACCGAAGUUGAGAGUGAUUGGGGUUUUGAUGAGUUCAUACAGUUAAAAGAACUUAAAGAUCCUAGCAAUGGGUAUAUCGUGAAUGAUGCUUGUAUUGUUGAAGUUGAGUUCUGUUUACACACAAUAAAAGAUUUAAAAGAGGAGUCGAUGGAACUCAUGGAAUCUGUUGAGAAGAGGGAUUUAGUUACAAUGUCCAUACAACAAUGCGAUACACAUAGGAAACUAGAUGGGAAAACCAAUGAACAACUAGCGGAUAAGGUGUCAGCCACAAAGGUUCAAGAGAGAUCGUUUGGUGUAGAGUCCAUGGAUAGUACCAGUACCUUACUAGCUAGUACUUCAGUAUGUCUGGACAACAAUUCAGCUUUUAUCUGUGCAUUUUGCCAGACCUGUACAGUAUCAAAGGGUUCUGGAUCAAUGUUGCAUAUUGCCAAUGGAGAAGAAGUAGUAGAGGAAGAGAUACCUAGACCAAAUGUCGUACAUGUUCACCAAAAAUGCGUAAAGGGGGCGCCUCGAGUGUAUUAUGUUGGGAAUAAAGUUACGAACUUGGAGCUGGAGCUGGCGAGAGUUUCGAAGAUCAAAUGUUGUUGUUGUGGGUUAAAGGGUGCAGCUCUUGGCUGUUUUAUACGUUCCUGCAAUAAUACAUAUCACGUUCCUUGUGCAUUUGACACUUCAGGUUGCCGGUGGGAUGAUAUCAUUAGCAUGCAUCUCUUUAUGUUGAUUAUUACACCAUUUUUUUUCCUUAUGUCAGGUGAUUAA